AAUCACCAGGGGCCUGUUGCACAAAAGUAGAAUUAAGACAUCCGGGAUAAAUGACUCAGCUGAGCUCAAUGAAGCCAAAACAUGUGCGUCCAGGCUUAAUUGGUUGCACAAAGACCAAGCCAGGAUGAGCAGACACGGAUUCAUUAAGCCAGGUGAAACCAAUCCUGGAUAGGUGCGCGCUCACGGCUCACUCAAAUAGACCCCGCCACAGAUCACAGAUUAACUGAUUUACCAUGGCAACUAGAGCCGCGUACUUUUCCCCGUCGGAAGCACAAAUCCUCAUGGAGGCAUACGAGGAGGUAAAAGAUAUAAUUAAGAAGAAAGGCAACACCGCCACAGUGAUAAAGCAAAGAGAAAAAGCGUGGCAAAGUAUUGCAGACCGCCUGAAUGCAUUAAACAUGAACGGGCCAAAACGGACAUGGCAGCAGGUCAAAAUCAAAUACAAGAACAUUCUGCAGAAUGCAGUGAAAAAGAAUACCCACAGACAAGGCACGGGUGGUGGGUCACCAAAGGCUGACCUUACCCCAGCAGAGGACAUGGCCUUGGAGCUAAAUAAAGGCAGGCCCGUCUUAGAGGGGAUCCCUGGGGGGAAAGAGACGAGCAUAGGUUCCUCCCAAGAUACCACCCGCUUCAUUCAAGUGUCUGGCAGCACUGUGUUCCUGUUAGAGCCACCAGCACAAGCACCAGACGAUGCUGAUCCAGGUGAAGGCCCCAGUGCAGCAGCAACAGCACAUGAUGGAGACGAUGAUGAUGAGGAGGAGACCAUCUCUCUGGAUUCCAGAAGGCAUGAGGACCCAGAUGCUAUACAGUGGGAAAACCAGCCUGGCAACAUAAGCUCACAAGCUAUCAGAAAGUUGUAUGGCAACCACCUCCGGCGCCAAAUAGAACUGGCAGACAUAGACAUUCAGUACAAGAAGAAAAAUAUGGAAAAUCUUGCACUGGAGUCCGAAAUAAAAAAAGAGGACAAUUAGGAAACUGGACCUUGAAAUAAAAAAACUUGAGGGAGGUGAGAUAUGCCUUCAAUGUACACUGUAUGCUAACUGUAACACAAAUGUAUUAAUCAUUAUUUGUAUUUCCUCCCCCAGCUCCAAAAAUAUGACACAGCUCAAAA